AUGGCGCCUCUCGAAGAAACGAAAUCUCGCACCGAGGUCGAGCACGACAAUGCGCCGAUGGACGAGAAGGCCGCGAAUGCGGUCGGCGACGUCAAGGAGGUGAACGCCGCCUCCGUCGCAUUGGCUGCGGCCAUGGCCGAGGCGAAGCCCAACAUCUGGUCGCCCAACAUGCUGCGUCUAUACUUCAUCAUGGCCGUCGGAUAUCUCGUCUCGACCAUGAACGGUUUCGACAGUUCCUUGAUGGGCGCCAUCAACGCCAUGCCGCACUACCAGCAGACCUUUGGCCUUUCUGGCGCCGGAUCGACCACGGGUAUCGUCUUCAUGAUCUACAACGUCGGCCAGAUUUGCAGUUUCCCCUUCUGCGGUUGGCUCGCUGACGGGUACGGCCGCCGCGUCUGCAUCGCCGUCGGCUGCUUCAUCGUCCUCAUCGGCACCGCCAUCCAGACGCCCGCCAACAACCUCGGCCAGUUCGUAGCUGGUCGCUUCGUGCUCGGCUUCGGCGCUUCUCUCGCCUCUGCCGCUGGCCCCGCCUACACCGUCGAACUCGCUCACCCCGCGUACCGAGGCUUUAUGGCCGGCAUGUACAACAACUUCUGGUGGCUCGGCAACAUUCUCGCAGGGUGGACUACCUACGGAUCUAACCUUCACGUAGAUAACUCAUGGGCUUGGCGAAUCCCCACAGUUGUUCAGUGCGGCAUGCCCGGCGUUGCCAUGCUCUUCAUCAUGUUCUUCCCCGAGUCGCCGCGUUGGCUCAUCUCCCACGACCGCGCCGAGGAGGCCCUCGCCAUCUUGGCCAAGUACCACGGCGACGGCGACGUCAACUCGCCCAUCGUUCAGCUGCAGUACCACGAGAUCAUGGAGGACAACCGCCUGACCAAGGACGAGAACCCCUGGUGGGACAUGCGCGAGCUCGGAAACACCCGCGCUGCCCGCUACCGUCUGUUCAUGGUUAUCGCCAUGGCUUUCAUUGGCCAAUGGUCGGGUAACAACGUCGUUUCUUACUUUAUGCCUGAGAUGUUCAAGCAAGCCGGCAUCACCGACGACAAGACCCAGCUCCUCCUCAACGCCAUUAACCCCAUCUUCUCCAUGAUCGGCGCCAUCUACGGCGCCAGCCUGCUCGACCGCCUCGGCCGCCGCUUCAUGAUGAUCGCCGGUCUCCUCGGCUCCUUGGCCGCCUACAUCAUGCUCACCGGCUUCACCGCCGGCUCCGAGACCAACAAGAACCUGUCCUACGGCGUCAUCGUCUCCAUCUACGUCUUCGGCAUCUGCUUCGCCUGGGGCUUCACGCCCCUGCAGACGCUGUACUCGGUCGAGUGUCUCGAGAAUCGCACCCGCGCCAAGGGCUCCGCCGCGUCCUUCAUGUUCCUCAACGUCGCCAUCAUGAUCAACACGUACGGCAUCUCCGUCGCCAUGGAGAGGAUCGGCUGGAAGCUGUACCUUGUGUACAUUGGCUGGAUUUGCAUCGAACUCGCCAUCAUCUACUUCUUCUUCGUCGAGACGGCGGGCAAGACCCUCGAGGAGCUAAAGUCCAUCUUCGAGGCCCCCAACCCUAGAAAAGAGUCGACUAAGAAGACCAAGGUCUCCGUCGACGAGGCAGGAAACGUCAUCAACGUCGGCGAGACCACCUCGGGCAUCUAA